UAGAUGGUUAACUUGUUGGCAUCCGUUAUGUCUUAGUAUUAUUCACAUCUAAGGAGGCUCAUAGCACUAACAUAACACUACCGAAUGAGACCGGUUUGGUUUCCCUACGGCAUUGUGUGUGUGGGUGGGUGAAUGACGUCCUUUUAAUUCCUCGGGUGCAACACACGAGAAAACACUCGUUUAGUUAUACAUUUCUGCAAAGCGACUUUAUUUGCAUUCAUAUAAACCUGAGUAUAAGUAUGUAUAAGUACGCCGCCCAAUGCACGACGGUAGUCUCUCACUUGGGAUUUGACCCUCAAACCUCCCAUAACAUCCAGAGCCCCCAACGUUACACUGCUACCCCAACGUAGUUACAUCAUCUACUACGAUUGGUACAACGAAGAGCAUCUGGAAUAAUUAAUAAUGGGGAAACAACGAAUUUGCUUCCUUUUUUUUAGUCGGGCGCGCGCAGUGGCGGUUUCAGUUUUGACGGUUAAACAUGUAUUUCUUGUUUUCAACUAAACUAACCCCGUCUCUCUCGUUUAUCUGAACAGUCAGACAUUAACAGAUGAGUAUAGUCGAUUUCUGUGUACUGUGGACUAGACGAGACAAGACUACGUAAGUCCAGCGCUGUCAAAGUAGUUUUUGUUUUUCCUUACAGUAACGGCCGUUCGACCAGCCUAUCGCCUGACACCUACGUACAGUACGAGACAGUUUCAGUUUAAUGCGAUGGCUCUUUAAAACUUAACAUCCGCCCUUUAGGUGGAGCUUAAAGUUGGACUGAAGAAAGUCGACCUGAGUUUUGUCAAUACACGGGUCUGCUGGCUCGCUGUAGUCGGCGCUAGUAUAAAUAAGAGCCCUGCAGAAGCCGUUGUCUAUCAUGGCACCAGACAGUUGUCCUGUAAAGAGAGGAAGUUGCUCUUCCGAUUUAGGUACUCUAGCUGAACUUGCUUGCUGUUUGCUACCCGGACUGCACCCUGGCAAGAGAAGAACUUUUUUGGACUUGAGGGUCCUGAGGCUUACCCGGGGCUAAACAACGACCGGCCCCUGGCUUUUUUUUUCCUCCAUAACUUUAAAACUUGUUAAAGGUCCCGGCACGGUAAAAGGGAAUAAUAACGUUGUUCGCGUUUGUUCAAUAUUGUUUAUAACGACUUGAAAGGGUGGGCGUUGCCGGGGCCCUUAAAGGACUGCGCGACCCGGGCAGCCGCGAGAUGGAGUGCUCCCAGUUCAGUAAGUAUUCGUGGCUGGACUUCUUCUUCACCCUGCUGGGAGUGUGCACUUUCCUCUUCGACCUGGGAUCCGAUGUCUGGGUCGCGGUGGACUUUUUUUCGCGGGGGGACUACUUCUGGUGCGGAACCGUGGUCGGUUUCAUCGCCGUCUCCUCCGCCGUCGUGCAGAUGUUCAGCUGGUUGUGGUACAGGUACGACCGGCAGCUGGAGGACUUCAGAGCCCUGACGCUCACGGAAGACUUCCUCCUGAGAGGCCGAGGACGCUGCUGCCUGAACCUCCUGCACAUAUUCCAGCUUGGAUUAUUCAUGAGGUACAUAACGGCCAUUGAGCUUGGCUUCCAAGUGUGGUGGAAGAGAAAGCAGGGCUCGGAAUAUGCCGUGUACAAGACCCACGACCUGAGCAUGCUCCGACUGUUCGAGACCUUCUUCGAGAGCACCCCACAGCUCACUCUCAUGCUCUACAUCAUCAUCCGCAACAACCAGGCCAGCGUGGUGCAGUGGAUCAGCGUAGCUGCAUCUACCAUCUCCAUUGCCUGGAUGGUGCUGGAUUACCACCGCUCCCUGCGCUCUUUCCUGCCUGAAAAGGCCAAGAUGGGCUACAGCUCCUCUGUCGUCUACUUCCUGUGGAACCUGCUGCUGAUCGCUCCGCGUGUGGCCGCGGUGGCCGUCUUCACCUCCGUUUUCCCACAGUAUUUGGUUCUGCACUUCCUGGCACUGUGGUUAGCCCUGUUUGUUUGGGCCUGGCUCCAGAACACCCAGUUCAUGGACAACGCGCCAGGAGAGUGGCUGUACCGUGCUGCAGUGGCCUUCAUCUGGUACUUCAGCUGGUUCAAUGUUGCAGACGGCAAGACCAGGGGCAGGAACGUCAUCUACCACUCCUUCAUGUUCGUAGACAGUGCUAUCCUGGUGGCAACCUGGGGUUACUACAGGGACUGCGUUCUAACUGAGGCCUAUGCAGGGACUCUCGUCUCCGUGUUGCCCUCUGCCUACCUGCUGGGAUUGCUGAUCAAAGCCUUUUAUUACUGGUUCUUCCAUCCCAGACGAUGGGACUUGCUGCCCCAGUCUGGGCAGGAUGUCCCCGAUACUCAGGCACUCUCAGGGAAGGAUGACCCUGAUAGUCAUGGCGACUUCAGGUCUAUGCCGGUAACACCAGCCCCCUCACAUCUCCAGAACAGAAGGAUGUUGAACCUCGCCAAGAACUUCUACUCUGCAGAGCCUCACCCGCCAUACCCCAGCAGUGCGAACGGGACGCAGCAGAACCCUGUCAUAUAGAGGCAUGGUGAGAACCGAAGUCCGCCAUGGGGCAUUCGCACAGGGGGAGCUGGACUGGUGAGAUUUCACAAUAGCUGCCCAAGCCAAAACCACCCAAGAAGAAUAAAUGGGUUCUUAUCAGGGGAAAAAAUGAUCUGCCUGUUUGCACUCUUAGUGGCUAUAGAUGGUUACUGCUGGCAAAGAAGCUGGCAGACUGAGCCAAUGGAACGAGCCGGGAAAAGGGACACUGAUCAUCACACUGCAGCAAAGGCUCAUGACUGGGUGAAUGGCUCAGCCUUUUCAUCACAGGAAUUUAUUGGAGCACACAUUCCAACUUUGUAGUUUCGAACUCCUUGCUUUCAGAGCGGCGAUGUGCACGCAGAAGCAAAUUGCUUGGCACUAACCACUUGAAUCUGAUCAGCUUCGGUAUAUUACCCCAGAUGUAAACUAGAAAGCAAAUCCAUCCCAGCAGUUUCAUUCUUCUAGCCAAUGGAAACCUGCAGAUAACUGAGUGUUUUCUUACUGGUCAGAUGUUUGGUCUGUAUUGAAACUGAGCGUGGUUCACUCUGGGUGAAGCACUGUGCUUCUUUGAGGAGUUCCAUAUGCAACACAAGAGCAACAUCAGUUGGUAUAUCAUGCCAUUCAUAUUUUAAAAAGAGGCUAUUGACUAAUUUUUAUCUACACCUUAAAAUGACAGGCUUGAGUCUUAUUCCCAUCUGCAAUGCUGGAGAACACCCUAAGUUCUGUUUCUGCAGACCUACAAUCCACUUCAUUUCCUAAAACUAUAAAACACUAAAACCUCUCAUUCCGGCUUGUGUACAUAAUGACCUGAAUUGUGCAAAAGCAACCAAGGGGAAAUUGUCUCCCUGAAAUUAAAAUAAAGAGAGAAUUGCCAAACA